AUGCAGGCAUACUGGCGGACCUUUGAAUACAUGUACACGGGAAAAUACCGCGAAGAACCGUGUAUGAAGCUCAAUCAUCCAGACGACGACGAGCUCUCCAAGGACGUUCGAGUGUAUCAGCUGGCCGAUUACUUUGAGGUGGACGGCCUUAAAGACUAUGCUCUGCAGAAGUUCCAGGCGAAAAUCACCAAGCUAUGGGUUAGUGAGGUGUUUGUUGAUUGCAUAAGAGAUGUUUACCGAUCUACAAGCGAUGAGAAGUGCAAAAUGAGAGGGGCUGUGGUUUAUGUCGUACACCAACAUGUGUCUGAGCUGUGGGGGAAAGGGCCUUUUAAAGAGCUGCUCCGUGAGGGGGGUGACUUUGCGGUGGACUUGAUGAGUAAAUUGGUUGGAAUGGCUCGUAAGUCGGGGGAAUUCUCCGACCUCACGUUUGUAUGCGGAGGUCUACGAAUUCCCGCACACAUGAUCAUAGUGUGUCCGCAGUCUCCAGUUAUCCAUGCCGCAUGCAUCGGCCCUUAUCGAGAGCAGGAAACAGGCGGCUACGAGAUCAAAGACGUCUCGUUCGAUAUCGUCCGACAGAUGGUGGAGUACUUGUACACAGGUCAAUAUGAAGUGCCGUCGUCUCAAGACUCCGAUGGCAAAAAGCACGAUGCCAUUUUGCCUCUGGUAUUUCAUGCAAGAAUGUUUGAUAUCGCAGAUACAUAUCUCAUCAAGGGGCUGCAAUCGCUAUCCGCGACCGAAUUCACGAGAUCUGCCACGCGCGAACCGGAUGACUGCGCGUUCUUGCGAUCCAUAAUCGACGUCUACUCUUUGCAAUGCGAGUCCAGCAAAAUACUUCGAGAUAUAGUGGUUGAAUCUGUAAGAGAGCGAAUCGCCCGACCCUGGAAUUCUAGCGCAGAAGAAGUGCUGGAUGAAAUCACGGACAAAAUUCCAAAAUUCACCAAAGAUCUUCUCAAUUCAGUCUUGCAUCAGCCAGUUUUGGGUAAAUGUUCUUGUUGUGGACGCGAAAAGCUGGUCCCAGUGGUUCCCCUGCAGUGCAGGUGCAAAAAGUGUGGUAAGGGAGAAACUAUCCAAAAUGUACCUAGCUUCAAUGCUAAUUUUGCAGACCGAUUAAGUGCAGCUACGCUGGCUGGUUAUCUAAGUGUAAAUGUGUAUCUGAAUUUUAAAGGGCCACCGGUAACCAAGUCGAUUGGACCAUAUGUCUCCCGAAGAGUUUCGGUUACUAACUUUUUUUUUGGGGACUUCCGCAGGGCGGCUGAAUUGCUCAACGCCCUCCCAGGUCAUGGAGUUGAUGGGGCAAGUUCGCAUUCGCUCCCGAACCCCAUCCCAACAACGGGCAUUGCUGAGCAGCAUCUGGAACUCAAGGAGGUGCCAAAAUAUCUCAAAGCGAAGGCUCUUUUCGAUUGUCACGAAUUCCAACGCAGUGCGGCCGUUUUUCUGCCAAGCAGCUUCUUGGAGCUUCCAACUCUGGCUUCACUACGUGAAGCUCAACCAAAUAGAGACAACGCCUCUGCCUUUACAAGAAAUAGAGUCAGUCAAAAAGGGUUGUUCAUUGCUCUAUACGCACAGUUUAUGGCGGGGGAAAAGCUGAAGAUCGAGGAGCUUGGACAAAUUCUCGGUAUUUCCGACGUGGGCACGACUAUACGGCUUGAUCAUGGUGAAAGAGGGGAUCAACGAUCUGGCGAUCGAUUGGCUGCUGAGGAGCGUGUCCCUAUAUCCUUUGAACUGGGGCAUUUGGAUUUUGUGGACCAUUAUUCCAACGUCCUACACACUCUUGCCUCUCGAGAAAGACUGGCUUUCGUUGCCCAACUUUGUUCGGCUGUCGACCGCUACCGUCCCGAGACAUGCUGCGUUGUUGGUAAUUACUACUCUUUGUGUGGACGUCAUGAUGAUGCCGUCAUGCUGUUCAGAAGAGCUCUGGUUCUCGAUCGCCGUUUCUCCGGCGCCUGGACAUUACUGGGUCACGAGUACACGGAGCUGCAAAACAUACACGCCGCUGUAGAAUGUUACCGACGUGCGAUCGAUCUUAACCAACACGAUUAUCGAAGUUUCGUUGGACUUGGUCGGUCCUACGAAACCUUAGAUAAAGCAACAUUCGCGUUAUACUAUUACCGUCGAGCAGCAAAACUGCGUCCAAGGGACGCGGAUUUGUGGCAGCUAGUUGCCAAUUGCCUUAUUGGGUUGACUUUGCUCCAUGAGGCUGCUAAAGUUCUUGAGCGCGCCCUUACCUACCUUGGACCGUCAACAAACACGAAAGACGUGUCGAGUUCUCUCAAGCAUUCAAGGAGCAAACGCUUUGAGGUGCUCUAUCAAUUGGCUAAAAUAUACGAUGAGACGGAAAAUCGGGAUGAAGCUACGAGGCUCCUCGAGCUUUGCGUGGAGGAAUAUUCUGCAACUCAAGAACGCAGUGAUGCUGAUGAGAGCAUGACGGGAAAUGUCGGCCGCUUGAUCAUACCGAAAGCGCUCUUGCUUUUAGCAGAGUGGGCAAUUAGCGAUGGUGACUUUGCAAAAGCCCAGGCCAUGGCUAGUCGCAUCGAUAUAGACUGCGAGCUUGCAGCAGAUGCACAAAAGAUACUUAAAUUUGUACCUAUCGAGACAGCUCAAGCAUCAUUCAUCACUAACAUACAUUCCCGCCUGCGGUUUGCCCUCGAGCCUCGCUUAGAUAUUAACUGGGAAAGUUGGCACAUCAUUCUUAGUGAUCAUAGCAUGCCUCUGCAUGUACCUUGCCAGGCCUCUCAUGCUAUUUUCCAAGUAUGUCUGACGAUCAAGCUGAGCUUGAAGAGUUUUGUACCUCUGCAAGACCGCACCGUGCUGCCGCACAAGCGCACGCUGUUGCUGACUUCCUGGCACUUCCCGGUCGAUGCGUCGCUGAGCAUCCCGUGCCUGGCGCUUGACUGA